GAAGAAGAAGAAGAAGAAGAAGAAGAAGAAGAAGAAGAACACACGUGAGCAAGAAAGAAGAAGAAGACGACACAUGUGAGUAGGGAAGCCAACAUGGGAGCACCGAGUGGGAAAAUAAACAGACCCAAAACAGAGCUAGGGAAGAAGCUUUUCAAGCGGCGCAGAGUUCUUGGCAGAGAGAAGAGGAAGAAGAAUCAAAUUGUUGGGGCAGUGAUUGACAAGGGCCUCACCACAAUCCAUCACUUGAGGAAGAGAAACUCUAGCCCACGAGCAAACAUCACUUUAUCUGGGAAAAAGAAACGCAAGCUCCUCAAACAGCUUCACCACAUGCAGAGGGAAAACGCUGGCAUGGAAGUGUUUAGGGUUAGAGAGCUCCAUUCAGCCUUGUCCACAGACAAUGAUCAGGAACCAUCCAGCCAUCCAUCCAUCCAUUACCUGAACCGCUUAUCCUGCUCUCAGGGUCCUGGGGAUGCUGGAGCCUAUCCCAGCAGUCAUUGGGCAGCAGUUGAAGCAACCAUGGAAACGAAGAAACGGGCCUCCACAUCAGCACCAUCCAAAAAGAAGAAACCAGCUGCAUCCACGCAGGAUGUUGAAAUGGGGAAUAUUGAAUAACAUGAGGGGCCCAGCCGUGUGGGACAAUAUCCUGCCUCGGAAUGGACAUAUAGCAGUUUGAUCAGCCUUGAAUUAAGUCCUGAAUUAGGAUGGUGGUAAACGGACGCCCUGCAACCACGAGUGGAAAGAGAGUCAGUUUUCACUGUUAAUGCCCAGAAGCCUUCAGUCAUUUUAGGUUGUGCAUUUACUUUUACAUGGGGGUAGAGGGACAAAAUACAAAACAACUGGGCGAUAUGCAAGAAUACCAGAAAGUUGGAAUAACUUUGGAAAAGUAUGCUUUCCAAACCUUCCUAAAUGUUCCUCAAUAUGCUUGGGAUAUUUUUAUAUACUAGCUGGUUGAUUAUUUUUUACUGAAUUGGUAACGUAAUGUACAUUAAUUGACCUUAUCAUUUCUCUUUAUGUAUCCUGCAUAUAUUUCUUUUGGCUAUUAAAUAUGCCCCU